ACGGGCGCAUCAACGUGGUGUCCACUCGCAGCUCGUUCUCGUCGUCCGUGGUGCGCGUGGAGGCGCACAAUGUGGGCGACACGCCGGCCAUCUUCACGGCUCUCGUGACCCAGUGCACACACGGCGUCUCCAACAGCGACACCAGCUCGGCUCCGGUCAGGCCCCGACGUUCCAUCCUCCUGCUGUUCGUCGUCCAGUUCGGCACGCUGGACAUUCGCGAGGACGUCAGGUGCACCGUGGAACUGCAUGACUCUGAAUUCGGCAUGAUCGCUUCCCGCCUGGUGACUCUUCGACCAGGCAAGCAGUGCUUCUGCUACCUCUCCUGCCAAUGCAGCUGUGGCAACGAGAGCCUCGAGUGUCGCCUUAUCAACGAGGCCGACGCAGUCAAGGCGGGCAUCUACAAGAGCCGUUCAGCCCGAUCCAGCGAUGUUCCCGGUCUCAUUGGAAGUGUGGGCCUUCUGCUGACUCUGGUUCUCGUUCUCAUGGCAGCCGGUUUUGUAAAGGCUUGCCUCGGCGCCUCCGGCUACACGGCCGUCGCCAACUUCGGCAUUCGGCCCUGCCUUUACGGGAAGAAACGGCUGAGUCGUUACUACGAGAGCGACAUCAUCAAGUAUCCCGUGCAGCACGACUUCGAAGGGUACCCCGUGCAUCCCAAAACGAAACGUCGCACCCGAGUCAUCGGCUACACUGCCGAGUUUUUCCUGAACACCUUCUACUUCUUCAUCUGGCCCUUCCUACUGUGCAGGGAGCGGGUCUUGAGGAACAGUCAGCCCAGCUACCAGCUUCUCAAAAGCGAGGAAGCGGAAAGAAACAGGAAGCCGGCAAGGGACGUCACAUUCAAGGCGCGGAAACGAGACAGCCGAAGAACUAGAUCGGAAAUAUAAAAAAUUUGACGCAAGUUGCGCAAUUUAAUAAAAUGACCAAUAAACCAAAC